CCCGGUGCCCCCGCGGAGCAGUUCCGGUGCUCCCGGGAGGUGCAGCUCCGCCUCGGUCACCGUUCCGGGCCCGCCGGUGCCGCCGCCCUUUGCAGACGCUCCCGAGCCUCCGCUCCGUCCCCGCCGCAGCCUCCCCGGUACGGCGCAGCGGGGGCGGCCCGAGCCUGCACGGAGCGGAGCCGAGCGCCGGGCCCGGGCGGCGAUGGGGGCGUGCGAGCCCCCCAACUUCUCGUGGGUGCGUGCGGGGCGGCUGGCGGGCACGGGCAUGCCGCGGCAGCCUGGGCACUACCGCUUCCUGCUGGCACAGGGCGUGCGGCACCUGGUGUCGCUGACCGAGCGGGCACCGCCGCACCACGGCUGCUGCCCUGCCCUGCGCCUGCACCGCCUCCGAGUGCCGGACUUCACCCCCCCGGCCCCCGAGCAGAUCCGCAGCUUCCUGCAGCUGGUGGAGGAUGCCAACGCCCGCGGCGAGGCUGUGGCAGUGCACUGCAUGCUGGGCCAGGGCCGGACGGGCACCAUGCUGGCCUGCUACCUGGCGAGGGCAGAGGGGCUGAGUGGCAGCGAUGCCAUCCGCGAGAUCCGGCGGCUGCGGCCUGGCUCCAUCGAGACGCAGGAGCAGGAGCAGGCAGUGAUCCAGUUCUGCCAGCACGCUGGGUAGCUGCAGCCCAGCACACCCCUCCUCAUGCCAGGCUGGGGGGCACAGCUGGCGGCAUGGCUGGCGCAGAGAGGGGAGGUGCAGCUCCCGAAGCCCACCUGGCCACUGCAGCCUGCCCGGUGCCAGCGCUGGAGAGGACGGCAAGGAGGUGUGAGCAGGGCUGUGCCCCUGGCACAAGUACCACAUGGACUCCAUGGAGACUGCUGCCAAGAAAUGCUGGGGGUGCCCUUCCCCUGGGGGUGCCCUUCCCCUGGGGGUGCCCUUCCCCUGAGGGUGCCCUUCUCUUGGGGGUGCCCUUCCCCUGGGGGUGCCCUUCCCCUGGGGGUGCCCUUCUCCUGGGAGUGCCCUUCCCCUGAGGGUGCACUUCUGUGCCCUGCCCUGCUCCUGCUUGUCCCCUCCUGCAUUAAAGGUCUCUUCUGUGGCA